GCACGCCCGCCCUACUUCCCACGCUCCCGCUCCUCCUCCCACUGCCACCCGGCCCGGGCUCCCCUGACCGAACACCCUCGCCUCGGGGCGGAGCGGCACAGGUGCUGCGGAAGAGCCUGGUGGCUUCAUCGUCAAGAUGGCCGCUUCGCGCCGCCGCCCGCCGGCGAGGACUCUGCUGCUGCGCGCCACGCUCUGCCUGCUAUGCUGGGCCCCGGUGGCUGUGCGCGCCGUCCCCGAGCCUGGGCUCUGGGCAAUGACGGUCAGCGACAAAUCAGGGCCUUUGAUAUUUAGGAAAAUUAUGUAUAACUCAACUGAUAUCAAGUUUUCUGUUAAGUCAUUCCAUUGUUCCGGGCCUGUGAAGUUUACCAUAGAGUGGCAUUUGAAGCAUUAUACCUGUCAAAAUGAAUAUUCUCAGCUGAAUGAGCUGUCACAAAAACAUGAAAGUGUUGGUGAAGACUUUUGUGGUAAUUAUUUCAAGAACAUCGAAUGUUGGACAACAAAAAAUGAAAACUUAGAUUGCGACAGUAACCUACAGGUGUUUCCCUCAUUAUACAAUAAAGAACUAGUUACAAAUAUCAGAAAUGUUUCAAACCAGGAAGAAUCAAUGGAUGUUGUUGCAAGAACACAGAGGGAUGGGUUUCAUCUCCUUAUCGUUUCAUUUAAAACAGAAGAAACCAAUGCAAACUGGAAUUUGAAUGUUUCUCUUUCUAUGAUGGGACCGAAAGGAUAUCUCUCUGCCUCAGAUUGGCCUCUCAUGAUUUUUUACAUGGUGAUGUGCAUUGUCUAUAUUUUUUAUGGUGUGCUCUGGCUGAUGUGGUCUGCCUGUUAUUGGAAGGAUAUAUUAAGAAUCCAGUUCUGGAUUGCAGCUGUCAUUUUCCUGGGAAUGCUCGAAAAAGCAGUUUUUUAUGCUGAAUACCAAAACAUCAACAGCACUGGGCUGUCAACCCAGGGUUUGUUGAUAUUUGCGGAGUUGAUAUCUGCAGUUAAGAGGACGCUGGCCCGCCUCCUGGUGAUCAUCAUGAGCCUGGGAUACGGCAUUGUGAAGCCGCGCUUAGGGACAGUCAUGCACCGGGUGAUCGGACUGGGGCUUCUCUACUUUAUCUUCGCGGUGGUCGAAGGCGUGAUGAGAGUCAUUGGGGCAAAUGACUCUGAUCUUGUGCUUCUGGCCAGCCUCCCUCUGUCUCUUCUUGACUCUGGCUUAUGCUGGUGGAUUUUUAUAAGUUUAGCACAGACUAUGAAGACUCUGAGGCUAAGGAAGAACAUGGUGAAAUUUUCUUUGUAUAGGCACUUUACAAAUACUCUGAUCUUUGCUGUUCUGGCUUCUGUAGUGUUUAUGGUGUGGACAACUAAAACAUUUAGAUUUGCAAAAUGUCGAUCAGACUGGAUGGAAAGUUGGGUUGAUGGUGCAUUUUGGAGCUUCCUUUUUUCACUUAUCCUUAUUGUAAUAAUGUUUUUGUGGAGACCGUCAGCAAAUAAUCAAAGGUAUGCCUUCAUGCCCUUAAUAGAUGAUUCUGAUGAUGAAGUUGAAGAAUUUACGGUAACGUCGGAAAAUUUAACUGAAGGAAUAAAAUUAAGAACCUCAAAAUCUGUUUCCAAUGGAACAGCCAAACCUGCUACUUCUGAUAACUUUGAUGAAGACUUGAAGUGGGUGGAAGAAAAUAUUCCCUCUUCAUUCACAGACGUAGCUCUUCCAGUGUUAGUAGAUUCAGAUGAGGAAAUCAUGACCAGAUCUGAAAUGGCAGAAAAAAUGUUCUCUUCAGAAAAGAUAAUGUGAUUGGAACCAUAUGCAUGAGACCUAGUUACCAGUGAAGGACUCCCCAGGACUCAAAGAAGUCAUGCGACAAGUUCUGACUGCAUUAUCUUGAAAUCUGUGUAUUAAAAUUAAGAAUUCAAGUGGUGGAUGGGUUCUACACCCUUUUUAAGCAGCUCUUGAAUGUCAGUUCCUGUCCUUUAAAUUGCCUGGACUUAGAAAUAAUGUGAGAAAAGUAUUAUGAUCAGUAUAUGCUCAAAUGACCUGAGUGAAUGGGUGGCAGAUAUGUAGAUUGGGUUGUACCUUUUCCUUGGAAAAUAUGGCACUUCCAGGUUUAAACUGUUUUGUUUGUUUGUUUGUUUUUAACAUAAACACUCCCACUGUUCUUUCCAUGAUUUUAGAGGUAGACGAAGCAUGGUCAAACACUGCCUCCAUCUCCUCGGUUUAUAGUUAGCUGGGUGCAGUAAGAAUUUCCUUUACUUUUGUACUGAAGCAGUUUGAUAAUAAGUGACAUUUGGUUUACAUUGGAACAUAGGACAUUUACAUGGCUGUCGUGUAAGAGUGCGCACACUUGCACAAAGACCUGGUUUUCAUUACCACGGUGCACACAAGUCAUGGACACCUUCUCUCUUUGAGCUCAGUGGACACAAGUACAUGGAGAGAGAGGUCUUGAGGGUCACUUCCAAAGAUUUGCUCUGCCACUGUCCCCUCACUCAGGCUGUAUGUGCAUGUGCUGCUGUUGAACCUGCCUGGGGCAGGCAGUGGACACCUGGCCGCGCAGCUCGCCAGAGCUCUUCCUCCCGGGUUACCCUGGAGGAAGCUAGGACCUUAUCUCGUUUGUAACCUUGGCAUACUUGAUUUCACGAUAUCACAUAUAUUUAAACUGUACAGUACAUCACUGUUAAUCUUGCGACUAAUUUCUUAACCUUUAACCAUGGUUUAUACAUUAUUUUGUUACAUUGCAAUGUGUGAUUUGAAAUUUUUUGUUUUAAUUAUUUUUAAUGCAGAACAUUCUAAACGUGAAAGGCCAUUGAAAGUAGUGUGAUGGAAAUGUGCUGCCUGCUGCUUUAGUGACCAGAGAUGCAGGGCUGGCCGGCAUUUAGAGCAGGAGUGAAAGUCGGGAUCGUGUGUGUCUUUCUUGGAAGGAGAUCUAACCUUGUAAAUCAGGACUGACUCCAGGGAAUUAUGAUUGAGAAGCAUUGAAGUCCUCCCCACUAUAAGCUCUUAAUAUAACUUUUCUGUUUUUUAAUUUCAUUAUGAAGCCACAAAAGAUUUUUUUCAAAAUUUUUUCUUUGGAAUGUGUUUCUCAUUUACCUAUUUAACAAGGGCUAGUAAAAAAAAAGAUUUAUUUCCAAUAGUCUCUUGAAAGAUACUUUCCAAUUUAUUUUCAGUAGUGACUUAAAGUAGUGACCUUCAGUAGGUGUUGUACUGAACAGGACAUGCUGGUCAAGAUGCUGUCACUUUGGGUGUCCUUCCUAGAAGAGUGUCCGAGUUCCUGGUGUAGGUUCCAGUCCUUUCCCAGUAUCCCACUGUCCAGGGCUCCCACCCUGUGCAUGUCCCACCAUUCAUGUCCUCUCUGGUUUUGGUGUAUUUCACCCCCAGCCCAAGUUGUUUCAGAUCAGGAGGUGACCACUGCCCUCUCAUUCCUCAAUUUUUAUCUAAUACCACUGCCUGGAUUUCAAGGCAGAUUCACCCCAACUCCUAUAGCUGAAUUUUGAAUGUAGAAUCCUGGGCGUCUGGCCUGUAGGAGCUGCCAGCUAGUGGGGUGAGAGUGGGGGCUGAUGGUCAGUGUGAGGCAGCAAACUGCCUCUGACCUAGUAAUCUCAGUAGUGUUUAUAAAAACACUGCUUCCUGCAGCCGGAAAAAUUAAUGCUGGAACCUAGGUGGCUUAGCUGUAGACUGAAGUGCAGGCUUCCCUCAUCAUCCAAAGCAGGUAGAGUUUCCUCCUGAUGGCCUGUCAGAAAUGCUAUUUUCAAAGGGCCUGCACUGUGUCCGUCACUGUCCAUGAGUGAUUACUGUGCCCUCUGCUGAUGUCCAGGAACCCGAAGCAAGGAUUCUUGGGCAGGGUCUUCUGGUCCUCCUCCUAUGAACAGGAGGGGGCGCCCUAGGACUGCUUGUUGUUCAUAGAAAGGACACAGGGCCAAGUAGCACCCAGGGCCACUGUGAAGCUGUCAUCCUGCUUCUGCAUGAAGGUUCCAGAAAUUGCUCAUCAAGGUCAGAUUAGUUUAUUCUUAGGAUACCAUCCAGAUGGGUCUUCCAGUAUAUUAAUGAAGAGAUCUGAGAAUAAUAGUCCAGUUUUAUGUGUUCUAGGCAGAAGGCUUAGAAAAGCAUUUUGCAGUUCAUGUUAGAUUUACAUGAUGUGUGAAAUUUGCUUAAAAGGGAAUUUUCACUAUUUGGGUUAGAUUAGUAUUAGUAUCUACUUUAAAGGAUAAUUAAGUUUAUUUCAAAAAUUAGAAAAAAUAGAUGAAUAUGAUUUUUUAAGGCUGAGAGAUGAUGUUUCCAUACUUUUUCUGUAAAGAAAAUAAUUGUUUUAAUCUUUCCUAUCUGUAGGGCAGACCAGCUUUACCCCUGUAAUAUGGUACAUUAUGUUUGCACUACUAGAAUGUCAAGGCUGAAAGUAUAAAAAUGUACGUAUACCGUUGAUUUUUUAUAUCCUUUUUAAAAAAGGGGUUUGAGUCUGUUGCACUAAGCUACACAUGACUGGUUUAAUGUUGAGAUCUUAUGCUUUUUACAAGUCCCUGGUGUUGGCGCUUGUGUCUUUGUACGGCCAACAGCGUGCAGUCAGCAGCACAGAACACCAGUCUCAUACUGACAAGUAGAGUUCUAAACAUAGCAGCUGUGUAAACGGCAAACAGGACUUCCAAGAAAGUGUACAUUAUAAUACUGGAGCUCAACUACGCACUAAGAAACUUCUUAAGAAAUAGGAAAAUGUAUUUGGGAAGAAACUUUAGGGACUUAAGUAGUUAUAUUUUUCUAUUUAAAAAAGUUAAAUUAUUGUAUAAGGAAGAAGUUGCUUUGAAUGUAGGACAAAGCUAUUUCAAAGAUUUUCGUUUGAAAAAAUGAUGUAUUUUGUGCCUUAAUAUUUGUUCUGACUUUUAAUAAAUUGCUUUCUGAA